UUUCUUUGUGCCAAUCGUUCAUGGAACACGAUGAUCCAUUUGCUUCACUUAGUGAUGAUUUAUUGUUGUUCAUAUUCAAUAAGUUAGACACUGUUCACCUUUGCUACAUAGCUUCAGUUUGUCGUCGUUGGCGCUAUGUGGUAAGACAACUAGUGAAGAAAAUUCACGUACUUCUUCUUGGAAAGUCUUUGAAGCAGUAUUUUCAUAUCCCCACUGGUCGUCAGAUUCUUUCGCUUGUUCGUUUUUUUUCUUACGUGGAAGUGCUUUCAUUCCGAAACUGGCCUUGGGUGGAAAGAUUCCCUGAAGUUGCUUCCGUUGUGAUGCGAGGACUUCGUUCCGCGACUUUGAAGAAGGUCGAUGUUGGUGGACUACCUGUACAACCUGGUGACAUAUGGAUACUUCGGGAUAACUGUCCGAAUCUUUGUGGCUUGAAGUUAGGAGGAUGUUCAACUGUGGACGACGAGUUUGUGAAACAAAGUGUGAAACGACUUAAACCGCAUCUGAAAGAAUUGGAUAUUUCAGACUCGACACGAGUAACAACUGCGGCUAUAAAAUUUGCCAUAGAAAAUGGUGUUAUUCGGUUGAAGGCAUCUCGUUGCAAAAGAAUAUCUGGAGCUUUGGUGAUUAAUCAUGUUCCUAAAGGAAAUGAGUCCAGAGAUGACGAACACUGCUUGACUUUGACGCAGUGUAAGAACAUAAAUUGGUUCCAUCUUGAUAGGAACUUGAGAUUUACUACUAUCAACCUCUCGCAGUGCACAUCUCUUGAAUAUUGUCAUAUUUAUGAUAAUGCAUUACAAAAUUUGCAUCUUUCUGGUUGUAGAAAUCUUCGAGUUGUUGAAGUAGCUUCAUCCAAUCUGAAAGUGGCGAAUUUGUUUAGCUGCAAACAACUUUCGGAAGAGAUUAUAUACAAAUUAAUCGAAAAUUGUCCCAUGUUGACGGAGAUAAAUCUUGCAGGCUUAGGUUUUGCUUCUCAAGUGCAACAAUGGCUUUUGGAAAACCGCUUAAUGGGUUCUUUGAAUCUUGGUUAAUGAGAAGAACAAAAAUAAUGAUUGUAUGGG